GGUAGUUGUUGCAUAGCUUUAGCGACUCUGCAACUUCCGAUCAAUUGAUGGCUUCUCGCCGGGAAAGAACAAGCAGUACAAUUGGGCCGAAGCAAUAUAGUUUUGAAGAAUUAGCAGCGGCAACUGGUCGUUUCUCCCGCAAAAACCUUCUUGGCGAGGGUGGUUAUGGUGAAGUCUUCAAGGGAUUUCUAGAUGAGCACCGUGCUAUUAAGAAACUUAGAAUUAUUUCAUCGGAUGAACAGAGGAAAAAAGAAUUGGAGCACGAGAUCAAGGUCAUUAACAGUGUCAGUCACAGAAAUCUUGUUAAGCUGGUUGGCUACUGCAUUGAAGAAAACGAUGUGUUGCUCGUUUUAGAGUAUUUUCCAAAUAAGUGCUUGAAAUAUAAUUUACAUGUUGAGUUUUAUUUUAUUUUAAUUUUUUUUUUCUUUCCAAGCUCUUAGUUUUAUAUAUGUGCAAACUGAUUAACUUACAAAUAUUAAAUGGCAUGUAGAAAGAAAAGGGAGGAUUUUGGUUUGGCAAGAAAGAAUGCAAAUCGCCAAAGGCUUAGCAAAAGGAUUGGAAUAUUUGCAUGAAGACUGUGAGUAUUUAAUAUGAAAUUAGCUGCUUGCUAAAUGCUAGGAUAUUUUUUAUGGGGAAAAAAACAUAUUUUCUUAAUAUUUUUCAGGUAAUUUUAGAAUCAUACAUCAGGAUAUCAAACCGGGUAAUAUUCUUCUUGAUGACAAUUUUGAAUCAAAGGUAAGUUAAUUAAAUAAUAUACGAAACUUAUCAUAGGUGUAAUCAAAGUCACUAUAUAUAGUAAAACUCUAAGUUAAUUCCCUUUUUGUUGGCAAAAUUAUGCCAACACAUUAAUUCUAAUGUUGGUUUUCUUUGAUAGAUGGCACAGUAGAUCUGCUAAUGUUUAGAUUAUUUUGUGCAGAUUGCAGAUUUUGGACUCGCCUUAUUUCUCCCAGAUAAUGCUACUCAUGUUUCCCAAUAAGCUGUGGGAACUGAAGUGUGAGACAUAUAUAUUAUCUCUUAAUUAAAUUGCCAUCUAUACAAGGAAAAAUAAAAAGUAAAAACAAUGAAAACUUAGCAAAGGUCAUAUUUUGGCCUCUCUAGUAUAGACUUUUAUUUUCUAGAGAAGGAUUUUUAACCUGAUUCUUCAUUGUGUUUUCAACUACAGUUAUAUGGAGAAAUCAAAAAGAAUUUCUAAGAAAUCAGAUGUUUAUUCAUUUGGUGUAGUGCUUCUUGAGCUGAUCACCGGCAGAAAACCAAUAUGCGAUGGCAUUGAUAUUGUUAACUGGGCAAAAAAUCCAAUUAAACAAGCUUUGAUGGGACAGUAUUCGGGUUUUGUCGAUUCCAAAUUGCAAAGCUAUAAUGUAGAAGAAAUAAAGCUGAUGAUUUGUUGUGCUGAACACUGUGUUUAUAAACCUUCAACGGAUCGUCCAAGAAUACGAGAGAUAGUUCGAGUUCUUGAAGGAUUUAUUCCUCCUCAGGAUAAGGAUGCUACUGACUUCCUCCAGCAUAGGGUGCAGAAGCUUUCCAUCAUUCCAGAAACUGAUGAUAAUGACAGUGUGGAGUCUGAAGUUUAUAGUACGAGGAUGUUUCCUUAUCAACAACUUGAAAGAGCGACUCAAGGUUUCUCCCAAUUUCUUGGUGAGGGAAGUCUAGGUCUAGUUUAUAAGGGAUACCUGGAUGGCAAAGAAGUUGCUGUAAGGCAACUUAAAGAUCUUCCAGAUGAAAAACAAAAAGAAAAUUUGGAGAAAGAUAUUAAGAUCAUUGGCAGUGUGAAUCACCCAAAUCUUGUCAGGCAGAUUGGAUACAGCAUUCAAGGACUCAAUAGAUUUCUUGCUCUAGAGUUUUUCCCCAGUAUCUCCUUGAAAUCUCUUUUACAUGGAAAGCGAACAUUGGAGUGGUCAAAAAGAGUAAAAAUCGCAAUAGACUCUGCAAGAGGAUUGGAAUAUCUUCAUGAAAAUUGUAAAAUUGUACAUGGAGAUAUUAUGACAAAUAAUAUUCUUAUUGAUAAUAAUUUUCAGCCAAAGGUUACAAACUUUGGACUUAUCAAGUAUUACAGAUCUGAGAGAACUGUUGUUUAUGCAGAUCCUGAAGAUAGAAAAAGAAUUUCUGAAAAUUCAGAUAUUUAUGCUUUCGGUGUUGUGCUUUUAGAAUUGAUUACCGGCAUAGAAUCCAGGAAAAAAGGCACCAAUAAUAUUGUUAACAAGGCAAAAACUUUAAUGAGACAAGCAAUGAAAAGAGAGUAUACCACUAUUCUUGAUCCUACAUUGCAAGGUAAUUAUAAUAAAAUAGAAAUAGAUCGAAUGUUUUGUUGUGCUGCUGCGUGUGUCUAUAAACCUUCAGCAUUUCGUCCACAGAUAAAGAAGAUAGUUGGAGUUCUUAAAGGAAGUAUUCCUCGGAAGGACAUAUGGAAUGAGAGUGACAAUCAAUUCUUAUCGAAUACUAUAGUUAAAGAAUCUCCACCUUUGUUAACAAAACCAGAGAAAAUGGUUGAAGAGGGAAACGUGAUUGCCUGCCACACAGUGAAGGCUUGGAAGAAGCAGUAUAAGAGGGGAAAGCGAUUGAUUGUGGUGGAUUUUAGUGCUUCCUGGUGUGGGCCUUCUCGUUUCAUGAGUCCAAUUCUGGCAGGGUGGGCGAAGUUGAUGCCAAAUGUCAGAUUCUUGACGGUGGAUGUUGAUGAAUUGAGUUCUGUUGCAAGAAAUUGGGCAAUUGAGGCAAUGCCAACAUUUUUGCUCUUGAAACGAGGACAAUUACUCGACAAGGUUGUUGGUGCCAACGUACCGCUACUGCAGUUGACCAUCGCAAGGCAUGCUGGUGGCGCACACAGGACUUUAGGACCUGAAGUGUUGAAUCCUGCUAUAUUUUCACAACCUACAAAUGUCUACGUGACACUUCCAACCGGAUAUGCACAACCGCAAUUCAUUAGCAUGACUUCUGUUCAGAAUCCACAAAUGUUUCCUCCUUAUCCUAACUAUCCAUACUAAAGAAAAUAGUUUGGCUCGGAGAUUUCAAUAUGAAUUUAGUUUUUAGAAGCUUACUAAAUACUAUAAUUUAGCUGUUCUUUUUUUUUUUUUCUCCCGGUAUCAAGAAUCUCCAUCGUGGUUAACAAAACCAAAGAAAAUGGCUGAAGAGGGAAAGGUGA